AUGCUUGAUGCCAAAGGUGUUACUACACCUCUUGCAACCUCUGUUAUACUUAAGCUUGCAGAUGGAUCUGCCCCUACAGAUCAAAAGCAAUAUCGUCAGCUUGUAGGUGCUCUUCAAUACCUCUCUAUCACUCGACCUGACAUUGCGUUUGCUGUUAACCGGCUUUCACAGUUCAUGCACCAGCCGACUCACCUCCACUGGCAAGCUGCCAAACGUGUUCUGCGCUAUCUCAAGGCUACAUCUACCCUUUCUUUUUAUCUUGCUCCUCGUGCCCUGUUUGAUCUCAUUACUUACUCGGACUUUGAUUGGGGCUCACCUAUCAGUUGGUCUUCUAAGAAGCAACGAACAGUAGCUCGCUCCUCCACUGAAGCUGAAUAUAAGGCCAUUGCCAAUGCAGCUGCAGAAACUAAUUAG